AUGACAACAACAGCCCGACCGGAAACACCAGCGACAACAACAAAACGACCGGAAACACUAACGGAAACACCAGCGACAACAACAAACCAACCAGAAAAAAAAGCGACAACAACAAACCAACCGGAAACACCAACAACAAACCGACCGAGCGAGCCGUCACCUUUCUUCAACACGCAGCUUCGUCAGUCGGCCACUAGUCCCAGCAGCAUGGAGGAGACACAGCAGCCAAUCAGCACGCAGCCAGAUGGCGGCCAAGCAGGCCACGCCCCCGUGACCUCUCAACCAGCUGACCAGGGAGCCGCCUCCUCAGCGGCAGAGGUGAUGAGAGAGGAGGGAGGAGCCAUGGAGCACCUGACUGUGAUCGGCGACAACAUGGAGACCAGUAACGGCGUCGCUCCGGCGAUGGUCGACUCCUCCCCCACAGUGUCCUCUGUGUCGCCCAUGCUGCACGCCAAGCCGGGCGGCCACGCCAACGGCCGCUCGGGCCUGGGCAGCCGGUCCGGCUCGUUAGUGGCGGGCUCGCCCCGGCCCUCGCUCACCCGCCGGCCCAGCGGCUUCGUAGAGGGCGCCGUGGACGGGUCCAAGCCGCGGGACUACCUCCUCCUCGCCAUCCUGUCCUGCUUCUGCCCCCUGUGGCCAAUCAACAUCGUAGCACUCACCUUCUCUGUGAUGUCCAGGAACAGUCUCCAGCAGGGGAACGUGGACGGCGCCCGGCGUCUGGGCCGUAACGCCAUGAUCCUGUCCGUGGUGGCCAUCUUGGGAGGAAUUGCCAUCAUUGCUGCAGCCAUCGCCCUCAACUGGGGCUGUAAGGAACUGCAGGCUCUUUGA